UGUUGAUAUCAAUAUGGCGGUUGUCAGCCAGACAAAGACAGUCAGUCUGAUGUGAUUGAGACAAGGGAGGUUUUUCAGGGGGAGACUGGGAGAUAGGGGCCUCCCCUCCCCCUUCUCCUCUUCCUGCGCCGGCCUCAACCCCUCCCCAGACCCCUCCCGACGGGCGCCCCACGCGGAAGACACCCCUCCCCCUCCCGCUUUCCCCUCCUCCCUACCUCAGACCUCAGCCCUUCGCACCGGGACGUUGGGGAGGGGGCCGUGCCGGGCGGAGAGAACUCAGCAAGCUUUCUGAGAAUGAUAAAUAACGCUGAUCAUCUCUAGCAAGGAUAUUGAUUCACCUCAUGUAAAGUAUGCUCAGUUCCUUUCCAGUGGUUUUGCUGGAAACCAUGUCUCACUAUACAGAUGAACCCAGAUUUACCAUAGAGCAGAUAGAUCUGCUCCAGCGCCUCCGGCGUACUGGAAUGACUAAACAUGAAAUUCUCCAUGCCUUGGAAACUCUGGACCGCCUUGAUCAAGAGCAUAGCGACAAGUUUGGAAGAAGGUCCAGUUAUGGAGGAAGUUCGUAUGGGAAUAGUACCAACAAUGUUCCAGCAUCUUCCUCUACAGCUACAGCUUCCACGCAGACCCAGCAUUCGGGCAUGUCCCCGUCACCUAGCAAUAGUUACGACACUUCCCCACAGCCUUGUACUACCAAUCAGAACGGGAGGGAGAAUAACGAGCGAUUAUCCACAUCCAAUGGGAAGAUGUCACCAACUCGCUACCAUGCCAACAGCAUGGGUCAGAGGUCAUACAGUUUCGAAGCCUCAGAAGAGGACCUAGAUGUAGAUGAUAAAGUGGAGGAAUUAAUGAGGAGGGACAGCAGUGUGAUAAAAGAGGAAAUCAAAGCCUUUCUUGCCAAUCGGAGGAUUUCCCAAGCAGUUGUUGCACAGGUAACAGGUAUCAGCCAGAGCCGGAUCUCUCACUGGUUGUUGCAGCAGGGAUCAGACCUGAGUGAACAGAAGAAAAGAGCAUUUUACCGAUGGUAUCAACUUGAAAAGACAAACCCUGGGGCUACGCUAAGUAUGAGACCAGCACCCAUUCCAAUAGAGGACCCAGAGUGGAGACAAACGCCUCCCCCAGUCUCAGCCACGUCUGGCACCUUCCGACUAAGGCGAGGCAGUCGAUUUACCUGGAGAAAGGAGUGUCUGGCCGUCAUGGAAAGUUACUUCAAUGAGAAUCAGUACCCAGAUGAAGCAAAGAGAGAAGAAAUUGCAAAUGCUUGCAACGCAGUGAUACAGAAGCCAGGCAAAAAACUGUCAGAUCUGGAACGAGUUACCUCCCUGAAAGUAUAUAAUUGGUUUGCUAACAGGCGGAAGGAGAUCAAGAGACGAGCCAAUAUCGAAGCAGCAAUCCUGGAGAGUCAUGGGAUAGAUGUACAGAGUCCGGGAGGCCACUCCAACAGUGAUGACGUGGACGGGAAUGACUACUCGGAGCAGGAUGACAGCACUAGCCAUAGUGACCACCAAGACCCCAUCUCGUUAGCCGUGGAAAUGGCAGCGGUCAACCACACUAUCUUGGCACUGGCCCGACAAGGAGCCAACGAAAUCAAGACAGAGGCCCUGGAUGACGACUGAUGAGGGAGGGCUGAACGCGAGAAGUUAACUUAGUUUAGACGUAGCACCUUAGCAGACUUUCCUCGGUCCUUAACAUGUGUUCUUACAGUAUAACUUGCAGUUUCUUGUAUGUCAGUUAGCCCUUAGGGUCUUGUUCUGUGAAGAUGGCAUGGUGCCCUCAGCCUUUGCAUAUACUCUCUCAGUAUUAAUUCCCAGUAACUAAUAACCAACCAACCAACCAACCAAACUUCCCUCUCCCAGCCCCCGAGGCUAGAAAAUCUUGCUGCUCUGUUUUAGCAUUCCAAGAAAGUGCUUCCAGGUAUUUAGCUAGCCCUCAGUUCUCAAAUAGUAGGCUCCGUGUAAAACCUUGGGUACCUUUAGAUUCCUGUAACACUAGUCUCCACCCCUCUUCCUUCCCCAAGACUGGUAGGAUGCAAGCUGAGGUAGUGUGGCCAGGAUUGACAGACACCAUUUGGGGAGUGUCCGCAGAGUAAAAGGAACACUAGAACCCCCACCUCCACGUGGGAAUAAUUGAUUUCCAGCUGCAAUAAGCCGUGCCUCAUAAUAGUCACACUGUGGCUAGAUUAUACUUCUUUGGGUGCUGUGCUAAGAAUGUCAGUGGAAAAACUCGAUCUCAGAUUUCAGUUGAUGUUAAGAUGCCUGACACAGACAUCCUUUCCUCUCACAAGCUGUGUGACUGAGUAGAUAAAAUACUGCCUUCUGCCUUUGGGACCAUGAUUAAACAGAAAAAUGACAAAAAAAAAAAAAGUUAAAAAACCCACAAAACCCAGCUUGAGAGCAUUGGGAAAAACCAUGAGCCGAAUGUGUAAUAAUGGUGGAUGUUAUUAGAACCACUAUAGAGUACGUGGCACAGGUACGUGCCCACCUGGAAAGGUGCUGGAAGUCAUCGUGGAAGCGGCUCUGCCUCCUGUCUGUGUCCCCUUUCCUUGCUACCAAAAAAACAAAAAGGUGAUUCGAGGAUGGAACUAAGGCCAAAAGUGAGUGAACGAACUUCCAGUCCCUGUAGCCAUUAGGCUGAAGCCCCCUCAACGUGAGAGGUUGGUAGAGGACUCUGUGGUGGGAUUAUGCCUGCUGGCUGUCACGCGCAAGAGCUUUCCUGAGUAGGAGCAGAAAAAAGCAGGGGACGUUUGCCACUUCCGUGGCGGGUCUGCGAGAUGUGACUUGCUUUGGUGUUCUCUUUACUCUGUCCUUGUAGAGGUGUGAAAAGCUAUAUUGCUACAGGCAAUUUAUUUAAUAAUUGGAAGCCAUAUUGAUAAUGGAUGUGGUAAUAUUUGUAAAGUUUAAUCUACUUUAAAUGGCAGUAACUAAUGGAAUUUUUUUCCUUGAUCACAUAUGUAGCACUUUUGUUACUUUUUAAAGAUAUUUAUAUUUGAUAAAUCUUUUUUUCAUUUUGAGAACUCAAAAUACCAAACAGUGAACUUGCGUUAGAAAAGUCACCCUGUGAUCACCUUGUCAUCCAGUAGCGAAAUGAUGAACUACUCAUGCAUCCGAGAAUAUUACAUCUGCUGGCCUCGUAUGAAAAUGAUCUCUAGGCAUCCUGAUUAAAGGACACAGUGUCACGGUGCGU